AUGAACGUUCAAGAUAAAAUUGUCGUCGUUACAGGAGGCCUUUCUGGCCUCGGCGCAGCGACAGUCAAGCUUAUGCGCAGCCUCGGCGCGUCAAUAGCCGUGUUUGACUUGCAGCUCCCAAAGAGCGCUUCGAGCAGUGCCGUUGAAUUGCAGGGCCAGAAAUACUUCAAGGUUGAUGUUUCGAAGACGGAGGACGUCGCUGCGGCGGUGGAGGGCGUUGUUGCUUGGAGUAAGGAGACGAAGAAGCCGAUUGCUGCGGUGGUUUGCUGCGCUGGGUUUCUUGGGCCGGCAAAGAUUCUCUCAAAGAGCGGAAAACCUCUUUUACUUGAGACGUUCAAAAAGGUCGUCGACAUCAGCCUCACCGGCACAGUCGACGUCAUCCGCCAAAUCGUGCCUUACAUGUCAACCCAACCUGCUGAUCCCGACGGCUCCCGCGGCGUCGUCAUAACAGUCUCCUCGGCCGCCGCUUUCGACGGCCAAGAAGGCCAAGUCUCGUACAGCGCAGCCAAGGGCGCCCUCGCAUCUCUGACGCUUCCGCUGGCGAGGGAUCUCUCGCGGUGGGGGAUCAGAGCGGUGUGUAUCGCGCCGGGCAUGUUUGAUACGGGCAUGGUGGAGGGCAUGCCGGAUAAGGCGAGGGAGAGCUUGAACAAGACGCUGGAGUUUCCGGCGAGGGCGGGGAGGCCGGAGGAGUUUGCGCAGAUGGUGAAGAGUGUGGUUGAGAAUGGCAUGUUGAAUGGGACGGUGAUUCGGCUGGAUGGGGCGGCGAGGAUGCCGAGUCGGUUGUGA